GCUCCCACCCACACACAGCACCAGAACGGCGCAGGGGUUCGGGACCGGGACUGGGUGUCCUGUCCUGCCCCCAUGUCCUGUCAUCCCAGGGCGUUACUAGUAGGUACUUUGUACCAGUAGUACCCUACCUAGGUGGCUCCCUGGGCGCUGAUGGCUGGUCCAUUGCGACAGUUGGUCCACAGGGGAAGCGGCUUCUGUCGUGGAUAUAAUCCCGGCUGGCCCGGCUCUUCCCAUCACCGUCCUCGGAGCGAGUCCAUCGAGGGACCGAAAUUCGUUGACGUUAUCCGAGGCCAGCCAGAGAGCCAAGCUGCUCGCACUCGGGUCGAAAGACCGAUCCAGUCUACGCUAGCGCCGCAACCAUGUUUCAACAGCCAGACAGUAUGCCAGACUCGCCAUCCUCACAGCACCAACACGCCAUGUCCGGGCGGAAGGGUUCAAGAAAGGUCCGCACGGGCUGCAUCACCUGCAAGGUCCGCAAAGUCAAGUGUGACGAGGCCAAGCCCUUUUGUGUGCGCUGUAUGAAGUCGGGCCGCCAGUGUGAUGGCUACCUCGAUCCCAGCGUCAUGGGCUCGCGCCGCAAGUCCAACAGGGACGGUAGGGCCUUGUCCGUUGGCGGCAGCCCCUAUUCGUCAUUCUCGACUCUUCUCGAGUGGGCGCUGCCCGAGGAGAAGCGGGCGUUCCACUUCUUCCAGCAUGUCACGGCCCCGCACCUGGCCGGCGACCUCGACGCCGUCUUCUGGAAGGUCCUGGUCCUGCAGGUCUGCCAGGCCGAGCCCGCAGUCCGCCACGCUGUGCUCGCGGUGAGCAGCAUGCACGAGUCGCUGACCCAGGGCGACGGCCCCGCCGCCAUCUCGCCCGCCUCGUCGCCGCACCUCGACCCCGCCAGCCCGGGCACCAAGGCCUCGUUCGCCCUGCAGCAGUACAACAAGGCCAUCGCCUGCCUGCUCGACCGCAUGAAGGACACCACCUCGCGCCCCCUGGCCCCACUCCUGACCUGCGUUCUCUUUGUCUGCCUCGAGUUUAUGCACGGCAAGGACAAGGAGUCGCUGAUCCACCUGGAGCAGGGCCGCCAGAUCCUGAGCAAACUCGAACGCAAAGCCACCUCUAGGAACGCCGAGAUCGACAUGGUGAAGCUCCACCUGGUACCCAUAUACCUGCGCCUGAGCCUGACCUCGUUUCUCUUCGGCGGCCGGCCCGUGCCCAUCCCCCAGAGUUUGAAGACGCUGCCCGAAGUCCCGACCAUGUUCGAGUCGGUUCACGAGAUCCGCUUUGUGCUGUACGAUUUCAUGGACGAAGUGCUUCGUUUCAUGCAGCGUGCCCGCCAGGCGAGGUACGGCAACAAUGUACCUGCCGAGACCGUUGCUUCCCUGGGUGAGGAGCAGGACAGCUUAACAAAGAGGCUAGCAAAGUUCGGCGUUGCUUUCUCCCUGUACCAGGUCGUCCGGCCUGCGCACAUGUCGGAAGUUAGUUCCGCCGUCUUCCAAAUGUACCUGCAUGCUAUGAACAUAUGGGUCGCCACCUCACUAAGCAGCGCCGAGGCUUGCUUCGACGACCAUCUCUCAUCAUUUUCCGCCAUCAUUCCUCUCGCCGCCCUCAUCCUGAACAAACCCGAGCCCUUCUCCACCAUGGGCAAGGCGAGGGCUGCCCAGCAACAGCCUGGCGAGUCCGCCGACUCCCGCGCUAUAUUCACCUUCGAGACCUAUGUCAUUCCCAUACUCUACUACGUCGCGACCAAGUGCCGACACCCCCUGAUACGCCACUCGGCGCUCGAUCUGCUCAAGCAGAACCCCCACAGGCGUGAGAACCUGUGGCAGGCAAGCCGGAUGGCUGCCAUCGCCGAGCACAUCAUCAAGGUCGAGGAGGAGUCCGUGGGCGACGACACAUCGAACCCGCCAUUCCACCCUACCAUGCUGAUGAGCCCGCCAUACGACGCAUCUCCCGAGCAGAACCAGCGGUCAGUGUUUGCAAGCUAUCACAACCUGCCCCCGAGCAUCGAGCCGCUAGGUGGCCAGCACCCCGCCGCAAGGACAGCCGUCGAUACAGCAAACGAUGACGCCUUCCGGCAAUCUCACGAGAGCUCACACCUGGACCUGGGGGAUGGCAGUCUGCUGGGACUGGACGAGCUCGGGCUCGGGCUCCCGAUAGACCCAAGCCUCAUGAUGGAUGUUGAGGUGGCCGGCACUGAGGUCAACUUUAACGCCCCAGGCUCCUUCAGGCCGCAACAGCACCAACAACAGCACGACGCCGUCGUUACCGCCGCCCUGGCAGCAGCAGUGACAUCCAGUACGGACAUGUCCGGGUUCUUGGCGCCCUCGCCACUUCCGCAGUCAUCGCUGAUGCACCCGGGUAGCGAUCAGAGGUCUCGGGCGUCCUCCAUCGCAAGUCACAUCAACGUCGGCGGUGAAUGGGGACGGCCAUCGUCGGCUGUGUCUGGGGGAUCUGACGGGUCCUAUGGAUCGGACUCGCAUUCGGAUACGAACGUCAUGAUGCAAGUGGCCUCUACUCUGGCCCAUGGCUUCAGCUCGCACUAUAGCCUGGAAUUCGACCACCAUCAGUUCCAGCAGCAACAGCAGCAGCAGCCACAACAACAGCAGCCCAACUAUAUCGACCGGCAUAACUAUGGCCAACCCAAUACGCCCGCAUUCCCGCCGCAAGUACCUACAUACCGCCCGGGCAGCAUGGAGGCGCCGUUCGACAUACCAGAGCAUAUCCGUGUGCACGACGUCAUAAUCAGCCCCGAGAAGGCUGACGGGAGCUGGCUGACGGUCUUUAGGAGACUUCGCGGGCCAGCACAGGAUUGGGAUGUGCACACGGAGUUUAUAUCGCUUAUGGCGCAUUGAAAAGGAGGGAAGUGAAAAAGGAGAAAGUGACACAAGGCUGGGUUAUUUUUGCUAUAGCAUUGCCCCUGACUUGGGGCACGAGUGACGUUAGACAAGGGUCCUGGGGGUCUUUGGAGGAGUGUUCAUUCUGACAUGAGGAGCACGACAUGGAACUGUUUCUUUUUAUUUCCAUGGUUGCUUUCCCUUGAUUUUCUGUACAUACGACACUCGAGAUACCAUGCACAUACAUAUCUACCCACCCGGACUUGGAACCAUGUUUGUCACUUGGAAUUCCCAAGCGUUUGUACUUUUGCCUACAUUCUGAUUCCCGCGUCCGUCUCUCUCCCCCUAAUCGCCACGGAAUUCAGCCCCCACGCC